AAGGAGACCGAACCUGCGGAAAAUGUUUUAUUGCGUCUGAGAACUUCAUUCGCUCUGGCACGAAAUAAACAUAUAUGUAUGCGCGUGUGUAUAAUGUUUAUUUAAAUGUGUUCCUUCGUUUUUUGUCAACGUGAACUGAACGGUGGAUAUUCGUAUGGGAAACAAAUGACUGCGGUGGACACUUCCUAAGAGAGCGAUGCCCUGUUUAAUAUUUUCCAGGCACAAAUCACGGCGUUUUUAGCAAAGGAUGCAAAGUGAGGAAUGAACGUAAUUCCUGGACAUACAAAGCUGUGAAAGGUAUACAGUUUGUUUAAAAAGCAUUAGGCCACCAGUAGGGGCACGUUUUUUUCUUCGUUCCUUGUUUUCUUUAAUUUAUAAUAAAAAAAAGCCCCAACUUUGAUGCGCUUAUAAGAAUAUCUUGGUGUUAGUGUUCCGCACCGCACUCAAACCUUCUUUUCAGUUUAAACGGAUAAAAUACAAAGGGAGAAGAACAUCUAGGCGUGCAUUAAAAAGCCUGCCCUUUACAAAUCUGGAUUAAGAAGUCCUAUUGUUGCAGCCCAGCUUUCCGAGUUGAACAUAAUUAAUUUUCCGGUGAUGUUAGCGGUGGGCCAGAUGGAUGGGUCCCGACAGAGCGCCUUCGUUCUCAGCAGCCCCCCUCUAGCAGCUCUGCACAGUAUGACUGAAAUGAAGACCCCUCUGUACUCUGCUUACCCUUUAUCCGGAGCUGCCUCGUCACCUUCUCCGUCCUCCACCUCGCCCAACCCUGGAGGGAUUCCUGUGUCUUCUCCUGGAAUCAAAACUUCUGGACUCUCUUCCCUUGGAUCAUCACCCCAGCCGUAUUCGGCCGCCACUCCUCACGGAAUUAACGACAUUCUCAACCGCCCCACGAUGACCGCCGCAGGGGUAACGGCAGCCGCCGUAGCCUCCGGCUCCUCGGGGAUCCUCUCGGGUCUACCUCGCUUCAGUAGCCUUAGCCCCCCACCUCCUCCUGGGCUCUACUUUAGCCCGAGUGCCGCAGCGGCUGUGGCUGUGGCGAGGUACCCCAAACCUCUGGCUGACCUGCCCGGCAGAACUCCAAUCUUCUGGCCAGGGGUCAUGCAAAGCGCACCCUGGAGGGACGCCAGAUUUGCCUGCUCGCCUCAUCAGAGCUCAGUUCUCUUGGAUAAGGAUGGGAAAAGGAAGCACACAAGACCCACAUUUUCUGGACAACAGAUUUUCGCCUUAGAAAAGACAUUUGAACAAACCAAGUAUUUAGCGGGGCCGGAGAGGGCCCGGCUGGCCUAUUCGCUGGGGAUGACUGAGAGCCAAGUCAAGGUGUGGUUUCAGAACCGGCGGACGAAGUGGAGGAAGAGGCACGCCGCCGAAAUGGCCACGGCCAAGAAGAAGCAGGAUUCGGAAACCGAGAGGCUUAAAGGCACCUCAGAAAAUGAGGAAGAGGACGACGAAUACAACAAGCCCUUGGACCCAAACUCCGACGACGAAAAAAUCACGCAGUUGUUAAAAAAACACAAAGCAGCGCCUUUGCACCUUCACACUUCAGAAAAUGAGAGCUCUUAGAAGCGGUCAAGACGAGGCACGAAUGAGAAAGUCCAGGAAAGACUAGCAGGCCACUUUGCGGCACUGAACUGUGGUGGGCAGCUGAGGAGUCCUCUGUGUUCUUCAUUGAUCAGCUCGCACCACUUUUUAGCAGUGUAUAUCACACUCGGGUGCCGAACUUUGUAGACUUUCUGGACGGAAGACAUGAAGCACUAUACUGUACUCACUUGUAAGCCUUCUGGCCUUGAGAAACACGUGAGGAGGACUAAAGUUUGACAGGUUCGGAACAAAUCACUGCUGUCACGACCGGCGGAAAAAAACCGUCUUGCUGGGGACACUUGUAAAUAAAAUCGUGAGUUGUACUUAAUAGAAAAUUCCUUUACUGUGAAAAUGUACGCGUAAAAUACCCUUUUGUACAGAGGAAUUCAGCUCCACAGUUGGCUGCGCUUUUCUGUCGGUUAAUACACGAGUCACGGUAACGUUAUGACGUCACUGUCCUUUUAUGUGAUCACAUUCUACUGGGCUUCGUUUAACUUUUCAAAUCAGUUUGUUGGCAGAAAAUGCUUACUUAUGUGCUUUUAAUCAUACUUUUCCUUGUAUUUUAUUUCUUUACUGCGCCUUUUUUUCUUUUUACACCAGCUCUUCUGUGCUCCUUCUGCUCCCCCAAGCAAGCGUUUUCAUUUGCACACUAGUAAAUUAAACUAAUUUAUUACUAAUUUUGAAAACUGCAGGAUGCAAUAUUUUAUAGGAAGGAACAGUUGUAUUUUCAAAUGCCACAGGGUUCUAAACAUUUUGGGGGCGAUUUGGCGAAAAACUUUUUUUUUUUUUUAAUAAAAAUAUGUUUAACUGAAAAUGCUAAGUAACUAGCUGUGCUUAAAUUUAUUGACAUUUGUGAUAUAAGUAUUAUUAGUAAAAAUGGGAUUCCCAAGAUUUACAAAAGAUAUAAAAAUGGUUGGACCUUAGAAUUUCCAUUAAUUAAUUUAUAUGUUUUAAGUUUUGUAUCAGUGUUGAGAUCUUGCAAAAUGUGUGUUGCAGGGUCAUUACAUGUAAUGCACUUUUUAUUAAAGAAAAUAAAAGUUAAA